AAACAAAAAAAAAAAAAAAAAAAAAAAAACAAGCACGCACCUUCAUCCCCAGACAGACUAGGACGGUGCGCCAUCACGUGCCGACGCGCGCGUCGCCCGCUUCGGGAAAGCUACCAUCUAGCGGCCCAUCGUCGACGUCACUUGGCGACGUUGAUGAAGUGGUGCUUCAUUGCUUUUAGCUCUCUAUAGCGUGCGCCGCCCAUCUCAGUACCUUAGCUACGAGUGCCCUACCGACCGACACCACCUACCUAUGUCCCCUCUCCCCCAACCCCAACCUCAAUGCCUCUUCUCCCCCGCAGUGCCCUCGCCGCCGGAGCCAUGAGCGCCAUCAGCACCAGCACCAGCACCAGCACAGCGGGCAUAACGAACUGGAGCGCGCGCGCCCACCAGCCCUGCCACCCCAGCUGGCCCUACCAGCCCGCCGACUUCACCCGCCUCGACCCGGGCGCCGACGGCGCCUUCUACGCCGCCGCCCGCUUCGUCACCCACAUCGAUGACGCGGCCAUUGCCCGCCUGCGCGCCUACUACGCCGCCGCCCUGCCGCGUCGCGGCCGCCUCCUCGACUUCUGCUCCAGCUGGAUCAGCCACUACCCUCCCGAGAUUGAGGAGGCGGCCCGGGCCGGCGCGCUCCAGGUCCUCGGUACCGGCCUCAAUGCUGCCGAGUUGGCCGCUAACCCCGUGCUUGCGCGGUGCGUGGGCAAGUCUGGCACCCAGUGGCCGCUAGUGAGGGACUUGAACGCGUAUCCUGACCUGGGGGACGUGCUCCAUGAGGACGAAGUGCUGGACGCGGCGACGUGCGUCGUUAGUAUUGACUACUUGACGCGGCCGCGCGAGGUCCUGGAAGGCCUUAGGAAAAGGAUGAAGAAGGGCGGCACCGUGCAUUUGGUCGUGAGCAAUCGCUGCUUCCCUACAAAAGUAAUUGCAAGGUGGUUGAGAAUCGGCGAGGAGGAGCGGCUGAAUAUGGUUGGCGGUGAGCGAUUGACAUUGCGUACACGUCGAUGCUGCACAUUGCUGACGAUGCGCAGACUAUCUUGCCUUUUCUGGAUGGAGUAGGAUCGAGAUCAUGCAAAGCCAGCCUGAGCGAGGGCCCUUUGGUUGGGGCGAUCCUUUGUGGAUUGUCCGGGGUGUCAAUGAGGAUUGAAGCGUUGAUGAAUCUACCGCACCCACCACGCCCGCUAUCACAAGGACCAAAAGUAGCCUCAUGCUUUGAAGCACGCCAGCUAUCGUCCGCAAAGAUGUCCUUCUUCCAGUGAUAUGCACGAGAUAACUCGGCAUUGUCUGUAACGCUGCAUGUGCAUGUGAGUAUGUUAGAUUUGCAAGGAACAGGCUCAGAAACCAGAAUGCGA